AAUUAACUUAUCGUCAAUGUUAUAUUUUCAGUAUGGUUUAAGCUUCAUAUAAAUAAGUGAUACGCUUGGAAUUAUUAUUCAACAGAAACAGAGUUGUAUUUAAUCAGUCCAGUUCAGUGGUAAUAAAUUUAGCAAGUGUAUAAAAAACAAUAUGGCAGAACAAAAAGCAUUUGAUAAUUUCAUAUCAAAAAUGGAUGGGGAUUGCAAGUUUCAAUUCAAUCAAUUGGAAGAUGCUAUAACAGUUUGUAACCUAAUUAAUACUGACUUACUCUUGUGCAUAUUAAAUCAAUCGGAUGAGUAUGGAAUUGAUCUUAGAAAAGGCACUCUAUUAGAUUCCACUGUGGGUUAUAAGUAUUAUAACAGUGUUUUAUGGGAUGUCAGUGACAAAUCACUAAUAGAGCCAUUAAUUGAUAUUUGUGAUAAAAAUUUAAAAUGCCCUGAAGUAGUAAAUGCUAUCACUAACAACAUAUCAAGCAUAUUUAUAUUUAGAUUUGAUCCAUCUGUUGUAUUAAAAUCUGUUAUCAAAGAUAGCAAACAACAAAUACUUGAUGAUGCUGCAGAUCAUAUUAUACCUGCAGUUUUGGAUUGGAAUAAUUUCAAAGCAACAGCUUUUGGCACAAAUAUUUAUGAUAAUUUUGAUGAUGCAGUUGAGAAGGCUGUCUCUGAGGAGAUUCCUCUUCUUGUGUAUUUACACAAUAGUGAAGAUAUUUUUAGUAAAAUGUUUUGUAACCUCAUGGUAAAACAUAAUGUUAGUAGUGUGUUCGCUAAUUUCUCAAUAUAUUCUUUCGAUAUCGACGACAAAAUUGAGGAGAGUCACUUUGUCUUAAGAAAGCACAAAGCACUUUUAAAAGUGCGAAGUCAUUAUGAACGCAAAAACAGCGGCUUAUUUGUUUACCAUACUAUCAAUGCCCAAUUGAAGCUGCAUACGAUCUUUGAUACGACGAUUAAAGACGAUGGAAUGUUUAUUUUUGAACUUAAUAAAAUUUGUACUACUGUUCAGGAAGAUUAUCAAACAUUACACAAACGUCUGGAAAUGCAGGGCGUUGAGGAGUUUAUUUCAAAUUAUGAACAUAAAUUUGGAGAAUAUCAUCCUGAGUUCUUGGUCAAGCAUCUUGGAAAGUAAUAAAUGAUUGUGUAUCCACUGAACCCGAAUAUUUGCAAAAAUGUUUGGUAUUAUAUUUACAUAGCGCAAACUCUGUGUUCAGCGACUCAUUUACAGCGCUAUUAAGCAACGUCGAUUUGCUUCAUCACCUAAAGUACUUUUCUUUUGUUGCUUGGGAUAUUGAUGACCCUUCAAGACACAAGUCCCAAAUACAUCUACUUGUGAAAUACUUCAACCUGAAUAUUUUGAAGGAAAGCAUUGAACAAAAAAGAUCUGGCCUCUUUUUCUUUUUGCCAAUCAAAGGUGAACCAAACCUUUUCUCAUUUUUUUCUGAUAAAUUGGAAUAUGAACAUUUGAAGAUCAAUAUCUUAGCGAUUGAAGACGCUUUAACCGCAUCCCAUGGGAUCACAGAUUUUAUUGAGCUGCGUGCGAAUGAGACCACGAAAAUAGCUCCGUGCUGCCCAUGUUUGAAAGUUUCUUUGAACGAAUUAAUUAAAGACAUGUAUUUAAAUUGUCAGGAUACGGUUGAGAGAAAGAUGCUUCUGAUGUAUUUCUACAAAGAGGAUGCUCCAGUUACAAAACAUUUUGAUAAGUUGCUAAGUGAAAAGCCUGAAUUGGUAUCGAUGAUAAAUGAAAAAUUCCACUUUUUAGCAUGGGAUGUAUCCAGAACAGAUUUAGUUAAUAUUCUGGAGAUAUCAAUCGAAAGAAAUUUUAAAGACAGAAAUAUGAUAAAGCUAUUGAGGGAGGGUGUGCCGGGACUGUUCGUUUUUAUGCCGAUUGCCGAAUGUCUAACGAUGUUUAGGUUCAUACCGUACGAUGCGUCUUCUAGUACAAUUGUCAAUACACUGGAGGAAUGUUCAGAAUAUUACAUGACCGAACUUGAAAUCGCACUGCAUCUACAGAACAAUUUCACAAACAAUAAAGAUGAAACAAAACCAGAAGUUGUCCAUCAGAUCAUGUACGAACAAAUGGGAAACAGAGACUACGAUUGUUUCGAAUUGGAUCGGGAGGAUCACGAGCAUUAUUUGUUCCGAAAAGUGGCUUACGCUUACUUCGGUCCUCCCAAGGACGAAACAAACAUGUACGAUGAAACCCAAACAAGCACCGUAAAUGAUAUGAUCAAGGUGAUUAAGAAACAGUGUCUUAAGUACACAAAUAACCCUAAACUGGUCGUAUUCGCUUGUAUCUACAAUAUAACCACACCACUACCAAGAGAGAAAUUGGAAAAGUGCAAGAAGGAUGAGGAUUAUAAUCCGUUCACGGAUUUUAAUGCAAAACCGAUAUUUGUAGUACCCAAGUGCGCUGAUGUCGACAAUGCGUGCCGUACUUUCAUUGACACCGACUUAAGGGUAUAUAUCAACUGGGAGUCAUAUUUAGAAGAAAACAAACUCGGUAAAUGUCUGUGCGUUACUCCAAAAGACGGACGUUAUCAAGGAGACUGCUGGAACCGGGUAAUACUGGAGUAUAAUCCGUCGCCGGCUUGCGGUCUUGGUAUUCAAGUUUUGAAUACCAUCGAUAUUGCAGCUAUGGCGGUUGGUGUAGCUGCUGGCGUGGGAGGCCUAGUUGCAUUGAUUCCGGCCGUAGUUGUUGCAGCACCCAUACUCGUGCCAAUAUCCAUUGUUUCUGGUACUGCAGUUUCUGUCUACACAUUGUUUCGCAGUGGACACAGUUUAUAUGACAGACUUACCCAUAAGCAGACGAUGAGUGUGAUGGAUGGUGAAGCACGCGGAGCUUACUUAAACAUAGCGGCAGGGGCAUUAGGCUUCGCAGGGUCAGGUGCACGGUUCGCGGAUGGUUUGACUGGAGCGAAUGUUUUAAUGAGUGGUGCAGCCAUCAGUAAUUCCACCUACGAAGUGUAUAACCAAUGGAAAUCCAAUAAUGAAGUCGGUUAUUUGACGUGGAUCCAAUUAUCUUCAUCAAUUCUUUUCUUCGGUCACUCCGUGUAUAAUUUGCAAUCGUCUGGUACAAUUAUUACGGAGACUCAGCAGCAAACUUUGGAAGAUAUUAGUACCUCGUUGCGCAGUAAUCGACACAGGAAAACUUUUAAUAAGAUUACAAAGGAAACGGUGGCGAUUCAUGGCGAUCAACAGGGUAAAGCUAAAGUCAUCGCAUACAUCAAAAAUUUGGGAAGUUCACGUGAUGAUGUGCUAGCUAAUUUGACCAAGAAUAACAAGAUGUUGAAUCAGAAAGGUAUUCGGUACUUCGUCGACGAAGGCAAUAUUCAAUUCAAUAACAUCAAAGUUGACAUCAGUAGCUUAGGCAAAGGACCUAGGCACCAGGAAAGCGUCAAUCGCGUAAAUUUAUCCAUGAAUGGUGAUUGCAUCUCCAUCAGCUCUUCACAAAAAUAUUGUGUUAUUGCAUUGAAUUUGUUCGAAACU